AUGGCGGGAAACAUGAGACUUCUGGCCGUGCUGUGCCUGAUCUCUCUGUGUCUGUCGGCGUAUGGACGCGCGGCAGCCGUCGCGCCCAUCAAACUCGAUGCUCAUCGUUCUGCUGCCCUGGAGGCGUUUGUGCCCUUUGACGGAUCGUUUGGAGGGUCAGUUUUCGUGAUUUCUCACUCUGCCGGUCGUCUUAUUUUGUGUGAAUUGUUUGCUAAUAGCACUUGAUCUGGUCAUCCGGAGUCGGAGUGUGAAUAGAUUGUAGAGUCUGGUUACCAUUUACUUCUUUCUCUUUUUUGCCCCCCAAUUUCUCGCUCCCCUGAAGAAAUCAGCUGACUUUGAAUCUUGGAUUUCUGAUGCGAGGGAACGAAACUUGCGGUACAGAACGUGAUGUUUGAUUUGUUAUCGACGAUAUCGCGAUCGGUCUUCCCCUCUAGUGAUAUUUUCGAGACUUUUCUUUCGUGGAAAACGUUCGUAUAUUCUUACUAACCUAGAGUCGAUUGGAGUGACUUAUUUCCAGUCACCUCAUUCCCCCUCCCCUCUACCAGUCUCAAUUUGAUGGAAACUGCAAUACAUGUGAUCAUCACAAUGGCAAGGUAGACAUGGGGGAAUGCUCUAAUGAAGUUUCCACGAACGAUCACUGAUGCGUUUUUCGUUUGCCAGUUUUAGUAAUGUGGCGUUCGAUUGCUUGAUUUCUAAUUGAUCUCCCAUUUCUGCGUAGCUACUAAUCUCCAACUAUGAUCCGCGUUCCUGUGACUAGGUUUGGUUAUUUUUUUCGGUGUUAUUCUGAGAUAUACAUUUGUAGAUUUAUCUGUCGCAUAAAUAUAUUUGGACAUAAGCAUAUACUUGUUUUCGGUCUGAUUGAUUCGUCCAUGUGGACGUGACACUCUUUUUCAUAUCCCCAGAUAAAAACAUCGAGUGUUUCGGAUCAGGUACACCCUUCAAAUUGCACAGUCAGUUUGGCUGUCUUUGUGCCUAUGGAUAAUAAUCCCAAGUCAUGACUGUUGUGUUCCCUUGAUUGUUUUCUGCCUCCCCUGGAUCUACACAGACUUUCGUGCUCGUACAUAGCUUAAAUAAUGCGUACUAAAGUGAUAACAGAUACAAACUGAAGUGAACGUAUAUUCAUUCGAUCCAGUUUGCAAUCUAUCUGUGUCACUGUCUACCAUUAAAGAUUAAUACUUUAACAUUUUUUGCCAUGUGAGCCAGUUAGAAUGUUUCUUUCCUCUUUCUGUCUGAACUAAAAGGUUUCCAAUACCGUUAAAUUUAUAAAUUUAUCUCAGGAAAACAUUGUUCAAUUGCUAACAUGGUGUUUCAUGGCCGCAGCUUAGAAGAGACAUACGAAGCUCUGAGAACAUAUCAGAUUCUUGGUCUUGACAAGGGUGCUGACAUAAGGCAUGCAACCUGUCCACUCGUUUUGGAGAGCCUCAGUUCGUCAUCUUCUAGUCUCAAGGACAUAUUUGAUUCCUUGAGAGUUAACACCAUUCUACAAUGCAAGAUUGAUGCUAAUAAAAUCAAGGUUUCCUUUUCACGCUGUCAAUGGCAUUUCUUUAUCUUGAUAUAUUCCGUGUGGAUAACUGCGAAUAAAAGUAUUCAUAUGUAAAUUUUGUUUUUUGUCUUCUUGUCUGUUCUCUUCUAGGAAGUUACUUCUAAACUUCAAAUUGUUGUUAGAGAUGCGACUUCAUUGGUGGACCUCUACCUGGCUGUUGAAAGUAUGCUUCUUAUCAAGGUAGUGCUUUACCCACACAAAAGUCCUCUUAAUUUCUUGAUCCUAAACGAUCACGUUCUCUAUUCAAAUUGGUUCGUGGGACAAUAUGAAUCUUCCUGAAAGUGGAAUGAACUUUCUGAUCACGUUCCCUUGAAACUUGUGAGAGAAAAGGCGAUCAUCUCAUUUACUUUGUCGUUGUCACACAGGAAGAAGGUUUCACCGUGGUUCCUGGUGACACUGAUGGGAUUUUUCAUUCAAUCAAGGUAACCAAUAUCACUAUCUUUUCAUUUAUCAAUGGUGUUUAUGUUUUCAUGUCACUUAAUUUUAAUUGGAGAAUAGAGGUCAUUGGUGUACUAACUAGAGUAUGCUAAGAACAGUCUUUCAGUCAAAGUGAUGGAAGAUGGCGUUAUAGUGCAAAUGGUGGGGAAGCAAGCACAUAUGCUGCAGGUAUUGUUACUAUGUAGUCUCACUUUAAAUAAACAAUCAAUAAGAAAACAAACCUGAUCAAUCUUGCAGUGAAUAUUCUCAAAUUUCAUCUAGUCUCCCUUGAACAUAUGUUUCUCUUCUGAUUUAAUGAAUAUGAUUCCUAGAACGCCUGAUUCACGCCAUACCUUGGGCAUCCAUCUUAUGUUACUCCAGGUUUAGCACUUGAAGCUCUUGCGGGAGUUAUCUCAUUAUCAACAAAUGAAAUUGACCAAUCCAUGGUAUUUUUUAUUUUAGAAUCUACCAUUUGCUGUUAUUAUCCAAUAAAAAUUUGUCUUAUGGACCAGUGCCUGUUAACCUUUCGUGUGUUAAUAGUCACAUAGUUUUUGUUCCGAAUAUUUUAUCAUCAGUGUUUCUUCUUAAAUAUCAUCUUUUGGAGCAUUUGAUCCAUUUGCCUCAUAUUGAUGCACUGCAGAUUUCCAUUGUGAAAAAUGAUAUCGUGAAGUUGUUUGAUAUCAUUGAAAGUUACGGUAUGUUCUCAUUCUGAUUCCAUCAUUCUUACUAGUUUUCCCACUUGCAUAAUCAUUGUGUAUUCAAUUAGUUUGAUAUUGUUCUUCAUCCGUUUCUGUUAUUGUUUGGACGUUUGUGUUUUUAUCGGCUUCUUCCUGAGUUCCUAUGAAUGUUAAACAAUGGCUCAGAAUUUUAAUUUGUAUCAGUUCAAUUUAUUUACAUACAUUUGCGUAGACUAAAUAUUAUUUGAGCCAUUGUGAUUCUAUUUGUUGUUAUUAUCUGUCAUAACUUUAUGGAAUACAACCUUUGUUCGCGCUGUAGGGGACCUAUAUCUACAGAAGACUAAUUUCGGUGAAUAAAAAAUAUUUUUGCUGACAGAAAAAUAUUUUACAGAGAUAUUUUGUCUGUCAAAUAUUUAGUGGUUAUCUUCAUCGCUUCCUAACGCAAUUAACACUCUAUUUUGCCUGAGCACCUCAUAGCUUUUUUGCCUAGGCUGUAAGGUAAUAUGCCAAAGCUUUGGUUCAUUCUAUAGCCUAAAAGCAAGAAAGCUAUGAAGUUAAAAAGAUGAUAAAAUAGAUCCCUUGUUCUGAUGCGUGAAUACCUUUUUACAGUCUCUCAAAAUGGAAUAUGUUCCAAACACAUGACAUGGUUCCUUACUUUGACAGGGUGCAAAUAUAAUACAAAAAUGUGUUCCUGAAUUGCAGUACCUCAUUAUUUUUCAUUGAUCUUGCAUUUUUCUUUGUGCCAUGUGUUGAUGCGAACCUACCUCAAGAUAACUUAAGUUGGAUGUCAGGUUUAGCACAUGUUGAAAUGGUAAUUAAUAGGUUAACAAACGGGAGAGUAAUGAGAAACCAGGUGACAGAUCAAGGGGAGUUCCAUUGGGCGAUUAGAAAAUAAUAUUUACGUGCAAAUGUCGGUUAGUGUGUGCUCCUUUUUUGGGUACUAAAUGAUAUGUCUAAUAGUAAUUUGCUAUUACAUAUCAGUCUCUCAGCAUCCAAGACCAACUACUAUCUAGUCCCUCACAUGCCUGUCAGAAAAAUUAUGUGUGGGCUGCAUUUAGGUAGGCCACACUGCUAGUCGAUGUGCCCUGCAGUCCUGACAAGUAUCUUUGUUCGCAUACAUUGGGUGUUCAUCCUAUCAUGGAUUUCCUUAUGAUAUUCAUCUUUGUUAUUGUCACAACUGUAGAGUAAUUCCUGUCAAUCUUCUAUGACUGACUGUUUGUUGAAAAUGUUGUGUGCGCUGCUCUUUUCCCUUGUCAAUUGUUCUUAUUGUAACUUUUAUUUCAUAUGUUUUGGUUAAGUUAUAGUUGCAUCGAUGAUCCGAGGUCUUCUCUUAGUACAAUGAGUGUAUGUGUGUGAAUCCUGUUAUGUGUGCUUAUUUAUUGGAUCAUCCUUGUUAUAGACGAUGGGGCUAUGUACUUUGAUGAAAAGCAAGUUGACGCUAGAGAAUAUCGUGGACCACUUUCAACUACCUCUUCCGUCAUACGAGGGAUAACUAAAUUCGCUGCUGUAGCCUCUGGGAAGUUGGAUGUGAGUCAAUAUGUGCUUCGAAGAAAUCACCGAUGUUUCAUAUUCUUCUCCUUGUUUCAUUCACAAAUGUGGUGUACAUUGACUAUUUAAAAUCUUGCUCAUGGAAAGUUGAUGUUUGCAGAUUCCAAGAGAGAAAAUUGUGGGCUUGGCAAAAUUCUUCCUUAGCAUCGGAGUUCCUGGCAAUGCAAAAGAUCUCUUCCACCAGGUUGAUUCUUUGAGUUACUUAGAAAACAACAGGCAAGUAGAGUGACUGGUUGUCUUAAAGCAUAUGUUCUCCAAUGGGAUCCUUGCAAACGUUUUAGUCUUGUUGAACGAUAUGAGUUGUUAUUUUGUGGCCCAUUUAGUGAUGACGAUGAUUGCUAUAUUGUAUGCUCAACAAUUUCUUUGGAUGCCAACAUUUCCGUCUGACUUGCCCUUACAGAUAUAGUUCAAAAAAAAAAAAUUAGAUAUAGCUUUGUGGAGCACUUUUUGCAGUAAUCUAUUUAUUUAUUUUUAAUUACCAAGCAUUUCAUUUCGCUGUUUAUUCAUCAUUUCUUGAAAUAGGGUUGGCGUUCCUCUCAUUGUGUCACUCCCUGGAGCUGCCUUGUCAUUGACAUCAAAAGACCAGCUCAAGGUGCGUAUGUACAUCCAGAUAUUUGGUUCAGUUGUUUGCACAAUAUUAAAGUAACGCUUUUCAGCAUCUCUGGACUGGAUAUCUAGACUGUCCUUGUGCAGUAGCGGGAUUCCCUGCUGCACGUGGACCUCAACCCAGACACUGUUCUAACACUGUACUUUGCACAAGUCUCAUUUUUCAUCUUGAAAGGAUGAUAAAUAAAUGAUUUGACGUUGCAGGAAAAUUUAAAGGGAGCUGCAAAUAUUUAGUAUUGUUGCUGUGGUGACCAGCUGGGUUACCAUGAGAACUGACAGCCUUUUCUAUUUGUCGUAUUUUGGACAUAAAAAUAUAUCUUCGAUAUGCAACGCCACUCACAUGUGAAUUUUGUUAAAAAACUGAAUACCUUUGGUUGUAGUUUCAGUGGUGCUUUCUUACUCGGGUAAGGCCUUGUAUCUGUAUGAUAGUUAUGAAUAUUUUUGCAUCAAUUUCAUGUUUCCGUGAUGAUCAAGGGGAAAAAUUAAUUAAAUUCAGACUGCAUCCCAAAUGAUCUCUCGUAACAUAUCAACUUCUGUGUGUGCUAGGUCAAAGUUACUACAGUUUUCGGAUCCAGAGCACCUCCACUGACAGUCAAACUUGUGCAAGCUUUGGAUUCUGACUCAAAGAAUAUUCCUGCGCUAGAGGAUAAGGUAUUUCAUUGUUAUAUCAUACCAAAAAUAGAUAAUUGCUACCAUUGUAUUUCUUUUUACUCUGGUCAUCAUUGCGUUUUAUUUCGUCUCUUGUCCAUAUCUAGCCUUUUCUUCCCUCUCAUGGCCUUUCUAAAUUCCAUGUCAUUGGUUGAAUAGAUUGUUCGCUCUUACUAACUGACAGUUCUGCAGAUUAUUCAUCCGUCCCUUUAUAUGUAUUGAUCUUUUAAACCAUUCUUUUGGUACAGGAAUUAAAUUUUGACGCAGAGAACUUGGUGCAUUCUUUGGAUAUAGUAUCUCUGAACGUGGAUAUGGGGAAAUAUUCAUUAUUUUUUAAGGUAUCAUUGUCUGUGGUUAAAAAGUCUGUUUGUUUGUUCUAUUUAUUUCUGCAAAGACUGAUAAUGUGGUUUGGCAUUUUCUUGAAGAUUUUGCUUCACGAGUCCAAACAUGAAAGUAUUUAUGCUACUGCUAGGAGUGUUCAGUUGCCACUGGUGGUCAUGGGACUCUUGAAAAUUGAUGGUUUGGAAAUCGCAGUUUUGGAUACUGAUGUCACAGAGACGCAAAAAAAGUAAGGCCACUAUGUUCCUUUGCUGCAAAAAUUAAAUAACUAUUUACCUUUGCCGAAAAACUUAUUAACUAUUUAUCUGUUAUGUUCCUAACGCUAUUGGUUUGUUUUUCCUGCAAUUUCUGAUGCUAUGACUUCAUAAAAUUACUUACAAUUUAAAAUAAUAUGCGCUCAUGGUAUGCUCGGUCACCAAGAUAUCAGUCAAGGAAUUCACUAAAUGAUUUAUAUUUGACGCUUGGUGUAUAGGAAGUUAGUUUAUUGGGAGUGUUCUUUAUAUAAACUUCUUACAGAAGGUGAAGACGCCAGUGGUCCUUUUUUUUAUAUAUAAGGUCUUGUAAUAUCCUCCAGGAUUUUUCUAGGUUUUGAACAACCAUGAAUGACCUGCUAUACCAGAAAUGUUUUUAGUCUAUAACGUUGAAUGGCUGAUAAUAUUGGCAACGUACGGAAAAACCAUGAGUUCGAAUCAGCUUUUGUUAACAGAUGAGUCCUGUCUCUUUAAAUUAGCCUGACGUGGAGUAGAUUGAGGAAAGGAUAAGAAAUGUACAGCUUUACCGAACAAACUUUUAUAUGGAAAAGUCAAAUGAAGGCAAUGUUUGCUCAAAUUCAACAAAGGCAGGAUAAUGUUGAAGAAAGCUUCAAUUGAUUAUGUGAAAUGAGUAACAUUGUUAUUUUGAGGGCUCGAUUUCAGGUUAUUUAUUACUUCUGUGCUUGGAUUUGAAUGAGUUGUUUUCUCAAAGCCAUUGGUGCCUUUGAGUGUGUUUCGGCUCUCCCUGCGGUGCACCGUAUGAGUGUGCAGCUAUUUGGAUCCAAAAUUCAUUUCUAUUCGGGUGGUUUCGCACUGCUCGUUAUUUGUAUGCGAAAAUUCAUUAUUUCUUGUUUAUUGACCAAAAAUUGACGAUGCGAAUUUUAUUUUCAGGAAUAGCGGACUGACUUUGCAUGACUGUUUAUUUACUUCCCUAUCGCAGGCUAGAUUUGUCAAAGGAAAAUGCUGUAUCGCUCUCUGCAAGCCAUCUGCAGAAGUUGAGUUUAACCUUCCAGCUAACAACACCACUUGGCCAUGUUUUCAAUUCACAGCAGGUAUAUUGACCAUUGAGUGAUGAGGCCUUUUUUUUCUUUUUCCUUCUCGUUUAAUUUUUUUCCUUUGAAAUACUCAUUCAAAGCGCCCAAGCUUCUUGCAGCGUUUUCUGAAGCUUAGACAUGAGUCUAAAGUUGAACACAUCUUUCUUGUGGGGAGAGAUGACAGGCGAUUUAAGAUAGUACUGGUGAGUACCUUUGUCCACGUACUAAAAACAAAUUUACAAGUUUUCGGGUGACUAGUAUAAGUACAAUUUUCUUCUCCCGAUUUUCUUCAGUUAUCCAUGCAUCGCUUCCUUUUUUUUCUUUUUUUUUUCUUUUUUUUUUUUUUUUUUUUGGGUUAAGAGGAUGCGUUGAGGGCUGCUGUAAAAUAUGCUGCCAAAGGAGAGAAUUUGUUUGUAUCAUAUUUUCAGUGGAGAAUCAAACAUUAUUUUCUGGGGUCACUAGAGGUCUUCUUCUAGUUCAAAACUAUGCCAAUGGUUGAAGACAUUGAUCCUAGCUGUUGCAUUGUUUCUCUUGAUUUGUCUUUGAGAGUGAUUGCUUUGUAUCUAUCAAUGAGCCAUGUUACUCUGGAGUUGAUAAUUAAAAAAAAAUAAAAAUAAAAUAUGAGGUGAUGAUGAAGUGACGCCUAUUCUGAUGCUCUUGGCAUUUAUUUAUUUAUCUAUCAUUAGGACUUUCUGGGUCUCGUUGAGAAGUUUUACUACCUUUCUGGAAGAUACGAAAUCGAACUCACUGUGGGCGACGUAGCAAUGGUAUGUGUUUGCCCCCCCCCACAUAUGCCCCACUUUGUAUUUUCCUGUUCUACUCCCAACAGAACCACUGACCUUAUGUGGUUGUUUACAGGAGAACUCGUUCUUUUUGGCCAUAGGACACCUGGAGCUAGACCUGCCAGAGGCCCCAGAGAAAGCAGCCCGGCCACCUCCUCAGCCUGUUGAUGCCUACCUGAGGUUUGGACCAAAAGCGGAGAUAUCUCACAUUUUCCGUGCACCAGAGAAGCGCCCGCCGAAGGAGCUUUCUGUUGCAUUCUUGGUUCUUACCCUCCUGCCACUGUUGGUAUUCAUCGUCGGGGUGAGUCAGUCGUUUUCCCAAAGUGGGCAGGUUUCCUUAUAUAUAUAUAUAUAUAUAUAUAUAUAUAUAUAUAUAUAUAUUAUCUACGGAUCAGUUCUCGAUGCGCAUAAUAAAUUGUGGCUUGAUUGGGCAGCUGCUGCGCCUGGGAGUCAAUCUGAAGAAUUUCCCUUCUUCGGCUGUGCCUGCUCUCCUCGCCAUUCUCUUCCAUGUUGGAAUCGGAGCCGUGCUUUCUCUCUACGUGCUCUUCUGGCUAAAGGUUCUCACCCCCACCCCCCAUGAAUCUGCUGUGCAUAUCCAUUGACUCCCCUGUGCAUGUCUAUUGAUAAUCUGCCUCUUCCCUGCGCACAGUUGGACCUGUUCAUUGCACUGAAGGCUCUGGCGUUCCUCGGAGCUUUCCUCGUCCUCGUUGGCCACCGGACCCUCACCCACCUCGCAUCCACAGCGGCAAAGCUGAAGUCAUCCUGA